AUGUGUACACGACAUUCUGUUCAGAGGCAACGUUCUAAUUCUGAUCUAUUUAACUAUCUAUCUAUCUAUCUAUCUAUCUAUCUAUUUCAGUCUUUUCAUAUCUAUCUAUCUAUCUAUCUGUGUCUUUUCAUAUCUAUCUCUAUUGUUCAUAUCUAUCUAUCUAUCUAUCUAUCUAUCUAUCUAUCUAUUUGUUUCAGUCUGUUCAUAUCUAUCUAUUUCUGUCUGUUCAUAUCUAUCUAUCUAUCUAUCUAUCUCAGUCUAUUCAUAUCUAUCUAUCUAUCUAUCUAUUCAUAUCUAUCUAUCUAUCUAUCUAUCUAUCUAUCUAUCUAUCUCACAUCGGAAUCUCACCUACUAAUUGAAAACAGAAAUCUCAAACGAUUCGUUCAUGCUCUGCUCGUAAUCGUUUUUUAUUGGUUAACAUUUCCAGUGAUAAAUUUGAUCGGUCAGAAAAAGUUGUUCACUGUACUUUUUAGUGUCUGGGGACAUCUAAGACCAGAGAUCGAGGAAGAAACCUUAACUCUAUUCAACUUUCAUGUUCUUUCUUUCUUUCUUUCUUUCUUUCUUUCUUUCUUUCUUUCUUUCUUUCUUUCUUUCUUUACUUUACUUUACUUUACUUUACUCUUCGUUGUUAAUCUUCAUAUUAUUAAAAGUUCUGAUCAAGUUAUUUUUCUUCAAGCUGAACAGAAUCCCCACUUUGUGUAA